UUUUUAUACUAUGCGCUGAAAACUGCUUUUGUAAGAUUUUCUCUCAGCGAAAUAUAUCUCUUCAUCAAAGAUGAGUGGAGACAAUUCAAUGCCUCACCUGAAAUUAAUGUCAACCAUUGCUUUUGAGGGUAAACUCAGGAAUGGCUUAGUUUUCCACAAAGAUAAAAAACAUAUUGCUUUUGCUGCCGGCCAGACUGUGAUGUUGAAAGACAUUGUAAAUACCAACAAAGAACAUCAGUUAUGUGGACAUUCUAAUUCAGUGUCUUGCAUCUCCAUAUCUAAAGAUGGUACUCUCAUUGCAUCAGGACAGGAAAAUUUCAUGGGUUUUCAGGCUGAAGUAAUCAUUUGGAAUGUACAAGAAAAGAAAAGACAUAGCUCUCAUUCCAUACAUCGUGUCAAAGUAGAAGCUGUAGGAUUCACAUGUGAUUCAAAGUAUGUAGUGUCAUUAGGAGGACAAGAUUGUGGCAGUGUUGUGAUUUAUGAUGUGGAUAAUUUAGUGCCACUGUGCGGAAACACAGCAGCUCCUCUUGCAGGAGGAUAUGCAAACAUAUUGCGCUGCAUAAAUACAAGAAAUGAUGUUUUUAUUACGGCUGGAACCAAUAGUUUACGAGUAUGGAAGAUUGAUUUCAGAGCUAGGAGAGUAAUUCCUUCUAACGCUUCUGUAGGGCGCAUUAAGCGAGAAAUAAAAUGCAUUGAUGUUGAUCGUAAUGACUUGUAUUUAUACUGUGGGACUUCAUCAGGUGACAUUCUGAAACUACAGAUGGUCAUAAUUGAUGGGGAAAAUAAAGCUUAUGAUGCCAAACUGUUGUACUGUCUCACACGAAUAAUCAAAAAAGAAAUAGUUGGAGACAUUCCUUUCUUUUCUGGUGGUGUAACUGCCAUAGCUGUCCUCAAAACUGGAGAAUUAUUAAUUGGCACAGGUGAUGGAAUUGUAUGCCGUGCCACUCAGAUUGAAAUUCAAUCAAGAGAUCCUUCAAAAAAGCUAGCAGACAAGCAUGCAGAAAAUAAAAAAACUAAAUCCAAAACUGAGAUGAGGCUUAAAGAACUUGAGAAGACACUGAUUCUUGGAGAAGUAACCUCACUAGCUUUGCGUGGAGAUGGACAUCAGUUUCUUGUAGGCUCUUCAAAAUCUGAAGUAUACCAAGUCAACCUGACUGGCUUUUUGUGUGAGCGGUUUUAUACUUGCCAUGGAUGUGCUGUAAAUGAUAUUAUUUUCCCAUACAACUGUUCUGACAUUUUCGCAACAUGUUCUAAAGAAACUAUCCGUGUUUGGAAUGUUGCUUCUUCUAAAGAACUGCUUAGAAUUGAAGUACCAAACAUGACAUGCAAUUCGAUAUUUCUCAUGCAAGAUGGAAGAUCUAUAAUAAGUGGAUGGAAUGAUGGAAAAAUAAGGUCACAUACUCCAGAGACUGGACUUCCAAUUUACAUAAUAGAAAAUGCCCAUCAGCGUGGUGUUACAGCAAUAACUGCUACUUCAAACUGCCUUCGUAUAGUCAGUGGCGGAGGUGAAGGUGAUGUUCGAGUUUGGGAUGUGACACCUUCAACUCAAGUUUUGAUUAAAACAAUGAAAGAACAUAAAGGAGGCAUCACCUGUGUAAGAAUGAAAAGUAAUGACAAGGAAUGUGUGACUUCUGCUGGUGAUGGAUCAUGCAUCAUAUGGGAUUUAGAAAAUUUUAUUCGAAUUCAAGUUGUGUUUGCCAAUACCUUGUUCCAAGCAGUGUGCUAUGGUCCAGCUGAGCAUCAAAUCAUCACAUGCGGAACCGACAGAAAAGUUACAUACUAUGAAGUUUUUGAUGGGACCCACAUAAGAGCUUUAGAAGCUUCCUUGUCAGGAUCUAUCAAUGCUCUGGAUAUUACUGAAGAUGGAAAGUGUUUUAUUACUGGUGGUGCUGACAAACUAAUUAAAGUUUGGAAAUAUUUAGAAGGAAUUGUGACUCAUGUUGGGAUUGGACAUAGUGAUGAAAUUACAGCUCUCCGCAUUUCCCCAAACAGGAAACAUAUCAUUAGUGUUGGUAAAGACGGAUGCAUAAUACGCUGGAAAUUUCCAGAUUAACUAAUUAUUUUCAACAAAAUCAAUUUCACAAAACGGAAUUCAAAGUAAAAAUUUUACAUCAGUGUAAAUUAAUGCUCUAGUCAAACAAAUUUUAUACAUAUCAUUUGAUUUUUUUAAUGAACUGUGUCUUUUAAUCUUUUAUAACAUGUAAUUUUUUAUGUUUUACAUUUGUUAAAAAUUUUAUUUAUUUUUUGUUCAAAUGUUUUUGCAUUAUAUAUAUCAA